UUUACGUUGAUUUAAAAAAAAUUGUGUACCGAAUAAUCCAAAAAUCCCAUUACGAUGGUGACUUCAUAUUAUAUAAUGAAAAUGUCGCAAAACAAAAAUAGAUUCGACGCCAUUAGUUACUAUAGAAAAAUAAACGAGUCGCCGGUGAAGAAAAACACAGAUAUCGAUAGCUGUAGAAUAUGUUUACAACAAGGAAUAAUAUCAAUUUAUGGGAAUGAAGAUUCGUCAGAUAUUUUAGAAGCUUUAAGCAUUUUUGCAAAUAUUGAAAUCACAGAAGACGAUGAAUAUCCGAAACAUUUAUGUAAUUUUUGUUACAAUUUUAUUCAAGGCGCUAUUUUAUUUAGAAAAGCAGCUAAGAAAUCGACAGAAGUUUAUAAUCUUCCAGUAAAAGAGGAGGUUAUAUUAAACCAAAACCAAGAUCAAAUAGAAACAGAUUUAACUCAAAAUUACACUGAUAAUUAUGAUUAUGACUCUAAACAAGAGUGGUCUCCUGAGAGUCACAUAAGAGAUAAAACCACUAAAAAGUUGAAGCAAGCAACAAAAGUAACAUGUCACAUUUGUAAUAAAAUUGUAAAUAGAUCAUAUUUCAAAGAACAUCUUACAAUGCAUGAUCCAAACCAUCUUAAAUAUGUUUGUGAUGUUUGUGGGAAAUCAUUCAGAUUGAGAUGUGCAUAUCACAACCACAGUUUACGUCAUAGAGAAGAUUUCCCUUUCAAAUGUCAAUUCUGUCCAUACAGAGGCAGAUAUGCCGAGCUAUUGAAAACACACAUGAGAACACAUACAGGAGACUACAGAUAUAUGUGUACAGAAUGUCCCGCUAGAUUCUUAUUUAAGAGUAACUUAAACAGUCAUAUGUUGAAACAUAAAGAGCCUCAAUUCAAAUGCAAUGCUUGUAAAAGAGCCUUCCACACAGAACAGAUGUUACAAAAACAUUAUGAGGCUGAUCAUUUGGGAAUAAAAAAUCAUGUGUGCAACAUGUGUGGGAAAGCCUUUGGUUACAGAAAUGCUAUGAUGAAACAUCAACGACAUGUUCAUAAAAGGGAAAAGUUCUUAUUUGGCAGAAUGCCCUCAUAUUUAGAAGCUGAACAGAAACAUCAAGAAGAUGGCUGAAACAAUGUUGAAAUGUUAAUCGAAUCCUGAAAAUAAUUGAGAAUUUAAAAUCCGAAUAGAUGCAUAAAAUAUGCUUUAACAAAUAUGAACACAUUCU